CAGAGGAUUGACGCUUCUCGCAACUCCUAACAUUUUGAAUCGGGUCAAAGAGAUGACCUUGUCUUCCGGUGCUGGUGACAUUUCGACAGCUGCGGCCUCUCCAGUAGAGAACUUCAGAGGUCGCUCGACGCCGAUAGCGAGAGAAUUCCUGUGUGGUAGAGACUCGAUAGGGUGUAGCACCAGGCAGUUGCUCUGCGACGGCAGUGGGAAGGAGUCGACCCGUCCCGCAGGUGACCGGGGAAAUCUAAUGUUUCUUCGAUGUCUUGCAAGAGUUGUCGCUGCUCCUGAGAAAUGGCUGAGGCGAAUGCAUAUGUCGCCGUUGCUGGUGCAGAAAACUCCGAUGAAUAAGUAA